AUGACUUGUCGGUUUCUUUUCGCCGUCUGCCUGUUGCUCCUCGGUGGUGGUUCGUUGUGCGCGCACAGUGACGGUUCCUCGUUCAUUCUUCCAUACACCGACUGUAUCCAGAGCAGAGGGAAAGCCGGGGUAUACCAAGGCUCGAUAGACGUUACCGAGUCCGGGAGUAAAUGCAUUAAUUGGAGCGAAGUUACCGGUGUGACGGAUCGAUAUCCCGGUAAGGGACUGGGAGACCACAAUUUCUGUCGUAAUCCGGACGGAAGGAUCCGGCCUUGGUGUUUCUUCAGAAAUAGCAGAGGACGGAUCGACUGGGGCUACUGCGACUGCAAACAAGGCUCUGUGCGUUUGCAGGGCGGCAGGUCAAAGCUGGAUGGUACAGUAGAAGUAUAUGUGAAUGGAGUUUGGGGUUCAGUCUGCAGCAAUGACUGGGAUGACCAGGAUGCUGCCGUGGUGUGUCGACAGCUAGGACAAGGAUAUAAGGCUCGAGCGCGUGUGGGCGGGGCAGUGGGCGUGUCUGCAGUGAUACAUUGGCAGGCAGUGCAUUGUGAGGGAGAGGAGGCGGAGCUACUGCAGUGCUCGAAGACUGAGUGGAAUGGAGGAGAAUGUGCCAAUCAACAGAUAGCAGCAGUUACCUGCACCCCGUCAGAGGCCUCAGUGCUGGUGCCAGUGCGUCUGGUGGGGGGCGUGGCUCAGUAUGAGGGAAGGGUGGAAGUGUUUCACGCUGGGCACUGGGGCACAAUCUGUGACGACCAAUGGGAUGACAGCGACGCUGAGGUGGUCUGCAGACAGCUGGGCUUAGGUGGGACAGCUAAAGCAUGGGUGGAAGCCUAUUUUGGGCAGGGGUCUGGAAGGGUCCUGUUGGAUGAGGUGAGGUGCACAGGUAAUGAGUUGUCUAUAGACCAGUGUCCCAAAAAUGCCUGGGGAGACCAUAACUGUGAACACCGCGAAGACGCAGGAGUCUCCUGUACACCUAUCACAGAUGGGUCUGUGCGGUUGGCCGGGGGUUUAGGAGGCUUUGAAGGGCGUGUUGAGGUUUACUACAGAGGGCAGUGGGGCACAGUGUGUGAUGAUGGCUGGACACACACUAACACGCAGGUUGUCUGCAGGCAACUGGGCUUCAGGUCUGGGGAGACGGCGGGCCCUCAGCGGUUUGGGGUGUCGUCAGGUCCGAUCCUGCUGGACGACGUGAGCUGUACGGGAAAAGAACCGGCGCUCACACACUGCACACGCCGGGAGUGGUUCAAACAUGACUGCACACACUCUGAGGAUGUGGCUAUCGCCUGUAACCCGCAACGCACGGGCCCCGGAGUCCCCACCAGUGUGCCCAUUCGGCUGGUGGGCGGGGAGAACGGGAGAGAGGGGCGUGUCGAGAUCCUGGUAAACGGCCAAUGGGGGACAGUUUGCGAUGAUGGUUGGACAGACAGAGACGCUGAAGUGGUCUGUAGACAACUGGGCUACAGUGGUCUGGCCAAGGCUCGAGGCAUGGCGUAUUUUGGAGAGGGCACUGGCCCCAUACACGUGGAUAACAUAAAGUGCGCGGGAAACGAACGAGCUUUGUCCGACUGCAUCAAACAACCCUACGGCACACACAACUGCCGUCACAGCGAGGACGCCGGGGUCAUCUGUAACUACGGGCAACGGGACGACGUGCCCGGGGUCAAAGAUCCCCUGAGCUCCAUGUGUGGCCUGCGACCGACACACACUCGGCAGAAGAGAAUCAUAGGUGGAGAAAACUCCCUUCGGGGCGGCUGGCCGUGGCAGGCAGCCAUUCGUAUACGGGGAUCUCAGGCAGAUGGGAGACUGGUCUGUGGAGCCACACUCAUCACCAGCUGCUGGGUCCUUACAGCAGCUCACUGCUUUAAGAGGUACGGGAACAACACAAAGAUGUACAAGGUUCGUGUGGGGGACUACCACACUCUGGUCCCCGAGGAAUUUGAGGAAGAGUACGCCGUCGAGGAAAUUGUCCUGCAUGGGCUUUACCGUUCCCAUAGCAAUGACUACGACCUUGCUCUGGUCAGGGUGUCGGCGGGCAAAGGUCAGUGCGUGACCCUGAGCAGGAGCGUCCUUCCCGCCUGUUUGCCUUUCCGCAGGGAGAGGGCACCAAAGGGCACGGGAAACUGUUACAUCACCGGCUGGGGUGACACAGGUCGUGCAUAUUCCAAAACUCUACAGCAGGCCUCCAUCAGCAUGCUGAGUAAACGACAGUGCGAGCGUCGCUAUGCCGACCAGUUCACUGGCCGCAUGCUGUGCGCCGGCGCUGCCUUCGACGACAGACGCGUAGACAGUUGCCGCGGUGACAGCGGAGGACCUCUGGUGUGUGAACGACCUGGAAGUGGAGGUGACAGCUGGGUGGUGUACGGGGUCACUUCCUGGGGUCACGCCUGUCGCCUGCAGGACUCACCAGGCGUCUACACCAAGGUCUCUGCCUUCAUCCCAUGGAUUAAGAAGGUGACUGGCCAAUAG